AUGGUCCCGAGAGCGCCCUCAAGAGAGGCGUUGACCCUGCUCAAGCAUUCAGUCCGACCCUCAGUAGUCGUUCGAUCGCAAACACAACGCUGCCUCCUCUCGUCCACCACACGUCCUACCCUGCCAUCGCACGCGCAGUCUCAAAUUCCUCAAAAGUCGAUCCGAAACACAGCUACUUUUACACAUUCCCACCAUGCCGAAGCCGUCUCCGUCAUCCCCACGACAGUCGAUACGAGCAAUGCAGACUUCAAAGAGAACAAGCGCCAGAUGGACGAGGCAACCGAGAACCUAGUCAACCUGCACACCAAGAUCGCGCAAGGCGGACCCCAAAAGGCUCGGGACAAGCACAUACAGCGAGGCAAGAUGUUGGUCAGAGACAGAAUAUCUGCUCUGAUUGACCCGGGCACGCCGUUCCUCGAAUUGAGCCAGAUGGCAGGUUACGACAUGUACGGCGAAGACGAUGUGCCAGCCGGCGGCAUCGUCACGGGCAUUGGUACAGUCAACGGCGUGCAGUGCAUGGUUGUUGCAAAUGAUGCUACGGUCAAGGGAGGUACAUACUACCCAGUCACAGUGAAGAAGCAUCUGCGAGCCCAGACGAUCGCGCAAGAGAACAGGUUACCUUGCAUUUACCUCGUCGACUCUGGCGGUGCGAACUUGCCUAACCAAGCAGACGUCUUCCCUGAUGUAAACCACUUUGGGCGCAUCUUCUACAAUCAAGCGCGCAUGUCUGCUAUGGGCAUCCCGCAGAUUAGUGUUGUCAUGGGACCAUGUACCGCAGGUGGUGCGUAUGUGCCUAGUAUGAGCGACGAGAACAUCAUUGUUGAGAAUCAGGGUCACAUUUUCCUUGCAGGUCCUCCGCUGGUCAAGGCAGCGACUGGUGAAGUGGUCUCAGCAGAAGAUCUGGGUGGAGGCAAGCUUCACAGCGAGGUCUCUGGUGUUACCGACUAUCUCGCUGUUGACGACGCGCACGCGCUUGUCCUGGCGCGGAGGAGCGUUGGCAACCUCAACUGGCACCGCAAUCAGACUGUCACUCAGCAGCCUGCAUUCCAAGAGCCCCUCUACGACCCUCAGGAGCUGUCCGGUAUCGUCGGUACCAACCUACGCCGUCAGAUUCCCAUCCACGAGAUCAUCGCCCGUAUUGUCGACGGCUCGUCUUUCGAUGAGUUCAAGCCGUUGUACGGCUCCACGCUUGUGACGGGGUUUGCAAAGAUAUACGGUCACCCGGUAGGCAUUGUAGCCAACAACGGCAUUCUCUUCAGCGAGAGUUCGCUCAAAGGCGCGCACUUCGUCCAAUUGUGCGGAAAGCGACACAUCCCCCUCAUCUUCCUGCAGAACAUCUCGGGCUUCAUGGUCGGUCAGGACGCCGAGAAAGGCGGCAUUGCAAAGAACGGCGCGAAGCUCGUAACGGCUGUGAGCUGUGUUGAUGUACCCAAGUUUACUGUCGUUGUAGGAUCUAGCGCUGGCGCUGGAAACUACGGCAUGUGCGGCCGCGCGUACUCGCCACGUCUCCUCUUCACCUGGCCCAACGCAAAGACCUCGGUCAUGGGCGCGGAACAGCUGUCGUCUGUCAUGGAAGCCGUUGGCAAGAAAGUGGAUCCUGCGCUAAAGGCACGGAUCGAGCACGAGAGCGAAGCGACAUUCGGGUCGGCAAGGUUAUGGGACGAUGGGAUCAUUCCACCGGAACAUACACGCAGGGUGCUUGGCAUGGGAUUGCAGAUGGCGUGUGGUGGGCAGAACAAGGGCGUGGAGAAGGAGAGCACUUGGGCUUCCAUCAAGGAUGUUUCUAGUCAGGUCGCCAAACAGCUCGUUGCGCAGUAUGCGACCAUCGACGACAAAGGCAUACACGUACUGGGAGGUUAUCCCGGUAUCCUCUACCCACCCUACUACUGGUGGCAGGCGGGUGCCAUGUUCGGCACUCUGCUCGACUACUGGCACUACACCGGCGAUGACCAGUACAACGAGAUGGUUCGCGAGGGACUGAUACACCAGUUCGGAGAGCAUCAAGAUCUGAUGCCUUCGAACCAGUCCAAGAACGAAGGCAACGACGACCAAGUCUUCUGGGCCUUCUCCAUGAUCGCCGCCGCCGAGUACAAGCUCAAGGACCCUCCCUCCGACCAGCCCGGUUGGCUCGCCAUGACACAAUCUGUCUUCAAUCAAUUCGUGGGCCGCUACCAGAAGGAGGUUUCAGACGGCACUUGCGGCGGUGGCAUGCGGUGGCAGAUCUAUCCGUGGCUUAAUGGGUGGACGUAUAAAAACACUGCUUCCAACGGAGGACUUUUCCAUCUCGGCGCUCGAUUGGCAAUGUACACAAAGAACGAUACGUAUGCUAGGUGGGCGGAGAAGGCUUUCGAUUGGAUGGCGCAGAGUCCUAUAUUGCCUGGAGAUGGGCAGGUGUACGAUGGAACGAGCAUUACGACGAAUCCUCCGUGCCACGACGCUGACCAAACGCCCUGGACCUACAACUACGGUAUCAUGAUUGCCGGAGCUGCAUACAUGUACAACUACACCAACGGCGCCGAAAAAUGGCGCACCGAACUUACCAAAUUCAUCAACAAAGUCGCCAUCUUCUUCCCUGAAGAAAAAGGCGGUGUCAUGGUUGAAAUUUGCGAAGCGAACCAAGUCUGCGACGCUGAUCAAGAAUCCUUCAAAGCCUACCUCGCCCGCUGGCUCGGCAUCACCAUGCAAAUGGCCCCUGAAUUCACGCCCCAGAUCCUGCCCAAGUUGCAGAAAUCCGCCGUCGCCGCUGCUCAAACGUGUGAGGGACCGUCCCAACACAACGGCGGGCCCCAUCAGUGCGGUAUGAAAUGGUAUGCCACCGGUUUCGAUGGCAUCGGUGGCGUGGGCCCGCAGAUGACGGCGCUCAAUGUCAUCUCAGUGCUGAAUGCCCAGCGGGUGCCGCCGCCGUACAGUAGGGAUACGGGCGGUACUAGUGAGGGCAAUCCGGGCCUGGGCAGUGGCAACGACGAUGAUCGUCUGCCCAAGUUUCAGAGCGAAAUUACCACGGGGGAUAAGGCGGGGGCGGCGAUAUUGACGAUUUUGAUGUUCGGCUUGUUUGCGGGAGGGGCUGUGUGGAUUUUGAUGUAA